AUUCCCCAACGCGUGGAAGAAAAGUCUAAACAUAUUGUGCUGGCAAAUUUAACACCCCCGGCAAUAACAAAUGUGAAUUUUCAUACCGAGUUAGCUAGCAACACUUCACCGGCAACACUGCAAUCAGGAGUGUCGGGGUAAUCAGAUCGGAGAAGCCCCGAUUGGCUUUUCUUCCCUGCGUGCUGCUUUGAGGUACUAGAGAACAACAUCAUGGCUGAUCUGGCGGAGAACGUGUCUCUUCCCCUCAGCCAGGAGUCUUUCGAGGACCUGUGGAAAAUGAAUUUGAACCUGGUGGCAGUUCAACCACCUGAAACCGAGUCUUGGGUGGGAUACGAUAAUUUCAUGAUGGAGGCCCCCCUCCAGGUGGAAUUUGAUCCGAGUCUGUUUGAGGUGUCUGCAACGGAGCCUGCACCCCAGCCCUCCAUUUCUACCCUGGACACUGGCUCGCCACCUACCUCCACCGUACCAACCACCUCUGACUACCCCGGGGCCCUGGGGUUCCAGCUACGUUUCCUCCAGUCCAGCACAGCCAAGUCCGUCACUUGCACAUACUCGCCAGACCUGAACAAGUUGUUCUGCCAGUUGGCGAAGACUUGUCCAGUUCAGAUCGUGGUGGACCACCCUCCUCCUCCUGGGGCAGUGGUACGAGCCCUGGCCAUCUAUAAGAAGCUGAGUGACGUGGCUGACGUGGUGAGACGCUGCCCUCACCACCAGAGCACCAGCGAGAACAAUGAAGGUCCUGCCCCGCGAGGUCACCUUGUCAGAGUUGAGGGGAACCAGCGAUCAGAGUAUAUGGAGGAUGGUAACACUCUGAGACACAGCGUGCUCGUCCCCUAUGAGCCUCCUCAGGUGGGAUCAGAGUGUACCACUGUGCUCUACAACUUCAUGUGCAACAGCUCCUGUAUGGGAGGGAUGAACCGCAGACCCAUCCUCACCAUCAUCACCCUGGAGACACAAGAGGGGCAGCUCCUGGGUCGGCGCUCCUUUGAGGUGCGUGUGUGUGCCUGUCCUGGUCGAGACAGGAAGACAGAGGAGAUCAACCUGAAGAAGCAGCAGGAGACAACCCUGGAGACCAAGACCAAGCCUGCCCAGGGAAUCAAACGUGCUAUGAAGGAGGCCUCCCUGCCUGCCCCUCAGCCUGGGGCCAGUAAGAAGACCAAGUCCUCCCCUGCUGUGAGUGACGAUGAGAUCUACACUCUUCAGAUUCGAGGGAAGGAAAAAUAUGAGAUGCUGAAGAAGUUCAAUGACAGUCUUGAACUGAGUGAGUUGGUGCCUGUUGCCGACGCUGACAAAUACCGUCAGAAACGCCUCACCAAGAGAGUUGCCAAACGGGACUUCGGAGUGGGGCCAAAGAAAGGGAAGAAACUACUGGUGAAGGAGGAGAAGAGCGACUCUGACUGAGAAGGAGAGCGAGUCGUUCCAUGUCAUUUCAGCAAGCCAUGACACCCACCAUCUGAUUGUUCUGACAUUGUUUCUAUAAUUAGAAACAGGUAAGAUUGGCAUUCCUAAAACAUUUUGUUGAUAUGUACAUUUUAUCUUGGAGAAAUUAAGCUUAUUGAUUGCACCCAAGCUGGCCAUUUUUUAAUUGAUAGGAUUCAGAUAAUAUUUAAGAAAUAUAGUACCCAACAUCUGAUUUGGCUAAAACUUCUUCCUACCAAUGAGUAAGACAUGAUGAAUCCCAAAAUAAAUGUCAAACACCCACCCCCAACAUCCAGUAUACAGUUUCAGUUCUGUUUGACAAGUAGUAUGGAGCUCUAUAUUGUGUUAUCUGAAUCCUAUUAAAAUUGCCAAUUUGGGUGCAAUCAAUUAACUUAAUUUCUCAGAUUAAAUUAUUUCAACAAAAUGUUUCAGGAAUGCUAAUCAUAUCUGUUACCAACUACAGAAUUGAUUUUAGAACAAUCUGAGAUGGUGAGUGUUAAUUCUCUUUCUUGUGCUUUUUGAGGUGGAACAACCAGAGAGAGAGAGAAUUAACCCGUUAUGCUUAGUUUCUGUUCUGCCAAGUAAACCUUCCUUUCAAUUGAUUGAGGGAAUGCAAGUACGGUAAACUGUUGAUGCUUGCAGCUUACUAGCCUUAUGUUAGCAAGCUGUUGUAGGUCUCUUAAGUGCAGGUGGAGUUUGUAAGACACAGCAGAAAUAUAGUAAAAAGAAAAGUGUUAAUUACAGCCUUAGGUGGGUAUUUAAGGUCCAAUUAUUGAUUAUUUUUUGUAAUUUUGUACCCUUUAAAAUGUUUGUUAAGAGGAAGAGUAUACACACCAGAAUUUCUACCAAACAAACACUUUAUUACACUGCAACAGAAAUACAUGGACUUUUUCAUAAAAUUAUAAAAAUAAAAAUAAACUUUUC